UUGGGGGUGUUGUUCAGUAGGUCAGUGUCUUGUGGACGGAGAGGACAGUCCGGCGUCUCCAGAGCUUGAUUGGGAUCUCAGACGAACAGAAGGAUGCGUGUGUUUCUGCUGUUUCUGCCUCUGCUGGGGCUCCUGGAUGCUGGACCUCUGCCGGAUGAGCCCGUCCUGCAGACACAGGAGAACUUCAACGUCAAUCGGUUCAUGGGGAAAUGGUAUGAUAUUGCGGUGGCGUCCACAUGUCCUUGGAUGAAGCGUCAUAAAGGAGACGCGGCCAUUGGUUCUCUGGAGCUGCAGUCCAGCGGAUCACCACAAACCCUCAGCAUGACCCGCAUCGGCCUCAGACGUGGGACCUGUAAGUCCAUCAGUGGAGAAUAUCAACUGACCAAAACGCCUGGAAGAUUCUACUACCACAGUGCCAAGUGGAACUCUGAUGUGGACGCCUACGUGGUGCACACUAACUAUAAUGAGUACGCUCUGGUGGUGAUGUUAAAGCAAAAACCAGGUGGUGAAAAAUCAACAUCUGUCAAACUCUACGGUCGUACUAUGGAACUGCGGCCCACGCUCAUUGAAGACUUCAAGACUCUGGUGGCAGAACAAGGAAUGAGUGAAGACACUAUUAUAAUCAAAAAGAACAAAGGUGAAUGUGUUCCAGGUGAAGAGACCACACAAGAGCCACAGAUCCAGCGGGCGAGGAGGAAUGUGGUUGUGCCGCCUGCUGAGGAAGGAUCGGGUGACGACAUGCCUAUGUUCAGAGGACCUGAUGCGUGUAAGUCGGAGCCAGAUUCGGGUCCAUGUUUUGGGAUGUUAGCACGCUUUCAUUAUAACUCGUCCAUCAUGAGCUGUCAGACGUUCACCUUUGGAGGCUGCAUGGGCAACCAGAACAACUUCCCCACUGAGAAAGACUGUCUGCAGAGCUGCCGCACUGAGGCUGCCUGUAGGCUGCCUAUGGACGCCGGCCCCUGUAAAGAGUUCGUAGACCUGUGGGCCUUUGAUCCGUCCGCUGAAAAGUGCGUGUCCCUCAAGUAUGGAGGCUGUAAGGGCAAUGGUAACAGGUUUUACAGCAAGAAGGAGUGUGAUGAGUACUGCGGGGCCAUGAUGAGGACCGGAGACGACGAGUUUCUUUCUGUGAACUGAGAAGCUUGUGGAGCAUUUACUUCAGUUUAAACAAAAGUGUAACGUGGAUCCAUUUGCAUAAGUCAUUUAAUUCAGUCCACAAUAAAUAGAGACCUGA